AUGCUUGGGACACAUGGGCGGAUGUGCCGACUGCUUUUCGGACUUCUUCUGCUGUGCCUCGCAUGUGUGUGCAUCUCACAGUUGGAUAAAGGUCCCGAUACAUUCCUCGUGUUCUGGGCUCUGGGAUUGUUGGCUGGCUUCAUCCUAGCCCUGGUCCAUGCUCCCGAAGAUUCGGCCGGCAAAGAAUUCUCUUGCCCCUGGAGGUGCAAAGCGCUACUUUGCGGCUUUGUGGUUCUGGUUACGGCAUUUGCUGCUGCCUGCCCAUGGCUUCUCAUGCCAAAGCUCGGUCACUUCAAGCGCCAGGGAGUUGUCGACUUGCGCUGGGAGCAGAUGUUUACUUUGCUCGCGAUCUCCUCGAUCUGGGUAUCUUGCAUGCUUAAGACGCACCCGCGUUCCACCCAUGCACACGAUGCCAAGUGGUGCAUGUUUGGGUAUUGGGUGACAACCUUGGCAUUCCAGGUAGCCCACAUAUGCCUCGCACUCGGUUUCAAGAACGUCCAUAUCUUUUGGAUCACAUUCGGCAAUGCCACCGAGAGCGUCGUCCUCACUUGGAUCGGCUACGUCUUCCAGAUCCGAAUGACGGGAAUCAGGUCACGAUCUUCGCACACUGGUCUUUCGAGCUUCUUCGUGUUGCUGAUGGGUGGUGGUCUUGUCGUUACCACCUCCAGCAACGCACUGGUGGGUAAAGGGAUGCUGCCGCUCGGUCUUACCCUUUCCACGAACAUCACCUUCGGUGUCAUAUGGACUUCAUUCACGAUUCUGGUCUGCGCGAGUCUGGCAGGUUCAAUGGCGCUGCAGGAAGUAAGGAGGGUGCGAGGCCCGGCACGGAAGCAGGCCAAGUGGGCGGCCAGGAUUCUAGGCCUAGAGCUGCUGACCUGCGGACUGCUGGGAGUGACGACAUCUUGCACCUGGCUCCCGGUGGCCAUACUGCAUUCCCUGCAGUUGGCAGUAGCUCCCGGCGGAAGAGAGGGCACGAAGUUCGCGUGGGUGUUCUUGCGCUUUCCGGCGAUCGCCCGCCGGUGUGCCUGGGUUGUGAACUCCCUUGGUCUGGCCUUCCUCUCUGGGAUUCUCUGGCAAGACUCCCCUCCCCGGGAUGACGAAGAGCCGAUUCUGACCGGCGCGUGCACGCGCGGGCUGACCUCCAUGUCGCAGUUGCUGAGCGCAAGCGAGCAGGAGGUUUAUCACGAUGUGGUGAAGCAGCUGGCCAGCAGAGGCUUUCGCCUAGGUUCUCUUCUGAGCUUUUGGGAGCAGCUGCUGGAGGAAGACAGGUUGAUGCCAGACUUUGAUCCCACGCGCUCAUUGACAAACGACGUGGUGCGUGGGGCCAUCAUUCCAGAAUCCCGCCGUGGGGAUGAAGGGUUUGCUUUGGCAUCCCUUUGGUCGGCUGGUGCAGGGAUACGGCCACAAGUCAUGGUGUCGCACAAUUGGACGAAUAGCUUUCGAAACCUGGUGGCAGCAAUACUAGCAGAUGCUCUGGAGGCGCAGGUCUACGGUGAGGUAGCAGCUGAAAUUACCACGGAGGAAGGCAUUGAGCAAGUCCGUAGCCAGCUUUCUGGGAAGUUGGAGAGAACGUACUGGGUAUGCGCAUUUUCCGUCAAUCAGCAUGCAAGCAUCUGUGCUGGCUUCGGACCGGAACCACCUCGAAAGACGGACGAGUGGAAAUCCUGGAACAUGAAGAGGCUGGAUUCCGUCACCGGCAAGGUUUUCCCGCUGUGCAGCUGCAAAGUGGAAAAGGUCUUCAGCAACUCCAACGGAAGGUGUGAACUGAACAAGUUCGACGACAUGAUGGCGUAUUUGGCAGGUGAAGUAGCCGGCUUUUGGCAGCUUGUUGUGGUGGAUGAUGAUUUCGAUGUCUUCUAUCGAGCAUGGUGCGUGGCAGAGCUAUUUCAGGCGAGUGUGCUGCGCAUGAAAUCCAAGGUGCAGGUUUCUUCUCAGCAAUCUGUCGACCUCAACUAUGACAAGCUGUCACUGUUGGAUGUCCGGCAGUGCAUGGCCUCAGCACAAGAGGACAAGGACAUGAUCAUCUCCAAGAUCUACGACGUGGAUGCCUUCAACCUGCGAUUGCAGGAGCUUGUCUUCAGCACUGAGGAGGGUUUGUUUGCAGAGUGGAUUGAUGGCCGGGAGCGCUCGCGACAAGUUGGAACAAUUCUGCGGCGUUGCGCUCUUUCGUUUGACAGCACUGGUGGCGGCCAUCGGCUCAGUUCAAGGGGAUGCUUGCCCAGGUGGCACAGAGCCGUCAGUGAUUCUGACGGCUCCUCUCAAGAAUGGUCUGAAUCAGACGACGGCUGA